AUGAUAAGAGUUCCAACAAGACAAUUGAUUCGCCCUUGUAUGAAUCAACUAAUAAAACCGCUUACUUUAAUACCACUGCCUUCUUUUUCAAUUAUGUCAAAGAGAUGGUUCAUUAAUCAGUCCUCCUCUAACAAACGUUCUUCGUCUUCAUCAACCACAAAGAGAGAUGUCCCAAGUUUUAGAAAUAUCAUAUUGAUGGCUUUAGUAGGUACAGGUAUUUUUGUCUUUACUGUCAAUUCCCUAGAUCGAACUCAAAAGAAGACUACCUUUUCAGAUAUAGAAUAUACUAAUAUGAUGAAAGGUUUAAGAAGAAGAGUUACAUUGUUUACUCCUGGUGAGAUUGAUGUUAAUCUUUUAUAUUUUAGCCAUAAUAAUAAUAGCUCAACUAAGAAAAUCUUAGAUCAAUUAAACCUCGUUUCAAAUUUGGUUAUUGAUCCUUUCGAAGUGAUAGAAAGUUUCAGAAAUGAUUCGAAUGGAAGAUAUGAAGCCAUUUUGAAUGAUAUAAAGUCUGUAUAUGGUAAUAGGGAAUAUAUAUAUCAUUUACCUGAUAGAAUGUUAGUCUCUCUGUUAAGAGACUACAUCAAGGAACAUUGUCAAGUUGGUGACAAGAUCACAAUCCUUGAUUUCCCUUCUAAUAUGUCAGACGCAAUGGAUUUUGAGAAUGAAAUAUCUGAAAUUAAACAAAUUUACAUUCCAAAGGAUGAAAAUACUUCAGAUAUUUGUAAAUACUUUGAAACUGUGGAUAAAGUGACACUUAUAUGA